AUGAAGGACUGCGAGUACCGGCAGAUCCCGCCCGGGGUAGCGGUCCCGGCACCCGGUACGGUCACUUCGCCGCCUCCGUUACCCACCGGCUCGGAACGGCCCAGCGCGGCCCGGCGUCCCCGGCGGAAGUGGGAGGUGUUCCCGGGCCGCAACCGCUUCUACUGCGGCGGCCGCCUCAUGCUGGCGAGGCACAGCGGCGUCUUCGUUCUCACGCUCGGCCUCAUCCUGGCCACCAGUGGCCUCUUCUUCGCCUUCGACUGCCCCUUCCUUGCCAGUCACCUCACCUUGGCCAUCCCCAUCAUUGCAGCCGUCCUCUUCUUCUUCGUCAUCAGCUGCCUGCUGCAGACCAGCUUCCGAGACCCAGGGAUCCUGCCCAGAGCCACCCCCAGUGAGGCUGCAGACCUGGAGAAGCGAAUCGACAGCAUGGGCACCUCCACAUACCGCCCUCCCGCCCGCACCAUGGAGGUGGUGAUCAACAAGUACGUGGUGAAGCUCAAGUACUGCUACACCUGCAGGAUGUUCCGGCCGCCGCGCACCUCCCACUGCAGCGUCUGCGACAACUGCGUGGAGAGGUUUGAUCACCACUGCCCCUGGGUGGGCAACUGCGUGGGGAAGCGCAACUAUCGCUACUUCUAUGCCUUCAUCCUCUCCCUCUCCUUCCUGACCGCCUUCAUCUUCGCCUGCGUCGUCACCCACCUCACCCUGCGCUCUCAGAGGGAUGGGUUCCUCACCACCCUGAAGACAACACCUGCAAGUGUGCUGGAGUUGGUGAUUUGCUUUUUCUCAGUCUGGUCUAUUCUGGGCCUCUCAGGUUUUCACACUUACUUAGUGGCCUCCAACCUGACGACCAAUGAAGAUAUCAAAGGGUCCUGGUCGAGUAAGAGGGGCUCAGAGUUUGCCAAUCCCUACAGCCAUAAGAGCAUCCUCACAAACUGCUGUGCAGUGCUGUGUGGACCUUUCCAUCCCAGUUUGAUAGACAGAAGAGGAUUCAUCCAGCCCGAGGCCGGAACCCCGUCCAGCCCCAAGAGUGAAAUCCCUUCCUUUGGAGCCAAAACUGACACCAGCAUGGUAGGAGGCAUCCCCUAGCAGUGCUGUGAUGUAGCCCAGUGCCUGCUGUGCCUGCACCUCUCUCCAGCCAGUACCUUCCCCUCCUCCCAUCUCCUUGGCCUCAGGUGGGACAGAUCCAGAGCUGCCAAAGACUCAGCUGAGCCAUUUGUUGCCUUUUUUCAUUAUUUAUUUAUUCUUUUCUGUUCAUUUGUUUCACUGUGAUGUGGUCUGCUUGGACUCCUGCCUGAUGGAGGCCAACAGCAUGAGACCCUCAGACUGGUGCAGAAAACAGAGGGUCCCUGCUGCACCUCGGGGACCAAAUGGGUUUGGGGAGCCAGCAGACCUCUGAGCCUGCAGUGUCUGCUCCAGGGGGUCACUGCCUUUCUGAGCUGGGCCAAGGGUGGGGGACUGGGAAGUGGGUCCCAGCCUGAGCUGGGCUCUCACAUCUCAGCCUGUGGGCUGGUGGAGCUGUAGGGUCCCUGUGUCCCUCUUAAUCUCCAUGGACACAUUGUGCUGGCAUGGGAGGGCUGCUCUGCCUCUCCAUGGCCAC